GCCUGUGUGGAGGUUGCCCCUCCGUCCCUUCGCUCCCGGGGACCCUCAGGAAAAACCCAGCACCCCGGCCCCGUGGCCAGCCCCUUCCCCCAGGCUCUCUCCGCUCGAUUUCGCCACCGUUAUGUGGGAAGCGAAUCCGCCUGAUGUGCAGGAAGUAUCAUUGUUUGCCAAUUAAAAGCCGGAAACUCAAGGCAGAAUGUGGCGUUGUGGCAGAUCUGAUUCAUUCUGCUAACAUUUAUCCACGGCCUCCUCCCCGAUGAACCAUUUGCAUGUGCGCCUUUUCUCGUCUGUAAAUGUAUCCUAACCUCGAUCCAUUACUACUGUGGUUACAGGAUUUUAAAGUUAUUCAGGUUUUUUUCCCCAACGUUAAUUGGAAAAUAAUGACUUCUGUGCCUUGGGUUGUGGAGGCCAAAAAUUUGUGGAAAUCGACAGAGAAUUUUAUAAAAUGAGAUCCCUGCCGGUAGUGCUGCCCUCUCUAAAUAGGGAUGAAUAGGAGAUGAGUCCGUUCUGGCCUCCCAUCCCAUACCCCAGAGCUGCUUAUGACAGGACUCUCUGAACGGACUUUGGUGAAACACUUCCACUUGUAACCUGGCUUACAGCGUGGUCUUGGGAACCAGUGUGACAUGGCAAAGCAUACGUGUUUCAUGUCGGCUGUGUGAAGGGAGAUGUUUCACAAAGAAGAAGAAUUCUUAAACAAAACGACGGACAGCGAGAUGGACGAGAUGGACACGUCCGACACGCAGUGGGGCUGGUUCUACCUGGCGGAGUGUGGGAAGUGGCACAUGUAUCAGCCGGAUACCAACAUUCAGUGUUCAGUUAGCAGUGAAGAUAUCGAAAAAAGCUUCAAAACAAACCCUUGUGGCUCCAUUUCUUUUACUACUUCCAAAUUCAGCUACAAGAUAGACUUUGCAGAAAUGAAGCAAAUGAAUCUCACCACUGGAAAGCAGCGCUUAAUAAAAAGAGCCCCCUUUUCUAUCAGUGCUUUCAGUUACAUCUGUGAAAACGAGGCCAUCCCCCUGCCCCCCCACUGGGAAAAUGUGAAUACUGAGGUGCCUUAUCAGCUUAUCACUUUGCACAAUCAAACACAUGAAUAUAAUGAAGUUGCUAGUCUCUUUGGGAAAACAAUGGAUCGCAACAGAAUUAAAAGAAUUCAGAGAAUUCAAAACCUAGACUUGUGGGAGUUCUUUUGCAGGAAAAAGGCUCAGCUCAAGAAAAAAAGAGGCGUGCCUCAGAUUAACGAACAGAUGCUGUUUCAUGGCACCAGCAGCGAGUUUGUAGAAGCAAUUUGCAUUCAUAACUUUGAUUGGAGAAUAAACGGCAUUCAUGGUGCUCUCUUUGGAAAAGGAACCUAUUUUGCUAGAGAUGCAGCUUACUCCAGCCGCUUCUGCAAAGAUGACAUAAAGCAUGGAAACACAUUCCAGAUUCACGGCGUAAGCUUGCAGCAGCGGCAUCUGUUCAGAACAUAUAAGUCAAUGUUUCUCGCUCGAGUGCUCAUUGGAGAUUACAUAAACGGAGACUCCAAGUACAUGCGCCCCCCUUCCAAAGACGGGAGCUACGUGAAUUUAUACGACAGCUGUGUGGAUGACACCUGGAACCCCAAGAUCUUCGUGGUGUUUGAUGCCAACCAGAUCUACCCGGAGUACUUAAUAGACUUCCACUGAUUUCACAUCCAAGUCAGGGGGCAAGGAAGCUUGAGUCUUUUUUGCUGGGAGGUUUGCUCUCCUGUCACCUAGCCACUACAUGUCAAUUAUCUGAUACUUUGGAAGCAGAUAGGAGCAAAAGUGGCCUCCCCAUAAAAAGACAUACUGACUUUGUGGUUGGUUUUUUCGUUGUUUUGUUUCUGUCUGUUUCUCAUGUCUGUCGCUUGUGUUUGUGGAAGAUUGAUGCGGUGGCUGUUUUAACACCUCGGGUGCAAGACGGCGCUGCAGACUGAAUCAGCUGAGUCGCUCAGAGUCUUUAAAGUUUACGCGUGUGUCUUCAGGGUAAAUGUGUUCCGUUCACAUAGACUUACUCAAGUAUAUGUUCAAGAAAUAAAAAUAUAGACAUAAAAGUGCCCCUUCAGAGGAAGUGAGCCUUUGUAAAUUGAAUUCAGAAAUUACUGUCCAUCAGUUACUAUGUUGCUUUGUUAGCCUUCUGAAAGGGGGAUGGAAAUCCUUGAAGCAGCCUGAGUACCUUGAGAGAAAUCCGAAACAAGAGAAUUAUUUUCAGUGCUGCCAGAUGAGCCAGAAGGAGAAAACCAGGCCAGGAUGCCCUGUGUCCAAUGCCUUCGAACAGCGGGCGGAGGUCUGACUGGCCCUUCUGCCUCCCACAGCUGAGCCGGCCGCGCUGCAGCGCCCUGACGUCUUAUACCAGGACUGCACAAGGAAUUCACUGCACCUUCAAAAUGAAGCUCUUAUUUAUUAUUUACGACAUCUACUUUCCUUUUGUUUAGGGGUCCCUACAAUGAUUACUUCUCAGAUAUUUUUUAUCUGCUCUCCCCCCCACCUCCCCUCCACACAGCUAUUCAGCAAUGAUUUGUAAAAUUCACACUUCUCAAUUAUAUCUCCCCAUUUUAAAUCACUGCAGAAAGCCUGGGCUGCUUGAAACAAAUCUGGCUUAUUCUUUGGAGUAGAAAUUGGAAGUCCACUAAGUGUCUUGACAAGCCCGGUCCCCGUCAUAAUCAUGCAGAGUGGAAGCUGUGUGGCUGCACACCUGUUCUUCUGUUCUCUUCUAAGGGAGAAUGAGUAAUGUUGGAAAGCUUCCUACCGUAAAGCUUCCUUCCUCCUGCUCUAGCAGCAGCCAGACAACAACUUGGCAGAGAUGUUAUAUACAGCAGUUCAGGUGUCAGGAGUCCGAAUUGGCCCUAUGAUAGUUAAAGGUUUUUCCAGCCUUGUCACAAAUCAGCCAUGUGAUGGUUAAGAGAUUUUUUUCUAAGAUGCUAUCUGGAAAAAAAAAAAAAAAGAACACUGGUAUCUUUUCUGGAAAACCCUUUUCUAACCCUGUCUACUCCCAAAUUCCCUUUCCUUUAUCCUCACCCAGCUUUGGCUGAAAGGAGGGGACAUAAUUGAACUUCUGCAAAACCCAGUAAAUGUCCAGGCCUGGGAAGUUCGGGCCCAUCACCUGAACUGGGAAAGCAUCUAGAAAGCACACAAACAAGGAGUAGGGAGCAAGACUAGGCAUAGGGGUUCUUCAACUGCCGUGCGACCCAGAAUUCACAUUGUCCUGCCAACGAAAGUAAGCACUUAGUGUACAGGAAACAGCACAGGCCCAAUACAUUGAACCCAAGCGACAACAAAGAUUUCCUGACUCUGAUGCACAGGCUAAAGCUGGUUUCGAUGAUGUGCUGUUGGUGUUUAGACGGAACACAUUUUAGAAACAUGCAGAGGUCAUGAGGGAAAGAACGGAGGGAAAGUCACCAGGCUGCCCCGUGGGGGGUGGCAUGCUGCUGCGCUAGACUAAAAUGAUCCUACAGAUGUUAGGAAUUCAGGUUUUCAAAAUCCCUUUCUUCUACUUAUUGACAUACCCUGUCCUCCCCCUCCAUUGUUAAUAUUUUAACACUUCAACAUGGCUAUCUUUUUUUUCUUUUUUUAAAAAUGACUUUUCUUUUUUCCAUUAUAGUUGGUUUAGAGUGUUCUGUCAAUUUUCUACUGUAAAGUGACCCAGUCACACAUACAUAUAUACAUUCUUUUUCUCACAUUAUCCUCCAUCACGCUCCAUCACAAGUGACUAGAUAGCUUUUUUUUUUUUUCUCAUUUAACAUGACUGCCUCUCCCAUCACUUGAACAGAAUAACUUGUAGCUUUGGCGGGUGAUUUUAGCUUUAGACACAGACCAGUCUUGUCUCCAGGAGACUAGGAGCCCGAGGUUGAAACUUGCAAGGCAUCCCGUGUGACCUCUGACUUUCGCUAGUUGGCUCGUGUGUAGUAAGAGCUGUGCACUGCAAUAGACAUUGUAAGAAAGAACUGUGCUGUGAUUCUUGUCCAAGACUGUACUCCAACCCCCCUUUUAUAAGAAAGAGCUGAUUCGGAUAAAUCGUGGGCGUGUAGUUAAUUGAUUAGCGUUCUCUUUGUUGUGAUCCAUUGGCUGAGUUGAGAAUCGUAUCAUCUGUGUGUAAUAAGACUGGACAUGACCGUUUGCCCUGUUUUCCUGUCAUCCCGUAGUAUAGAGGGUGGAGUGGAGUGAAACCAUUCCAGAUUCAUGAAUAAAUGAUUUUAAAAUUCUCCAUUGAA